UUUAGCCAGUUUCCAGGCUUGCAUAUGGGUAUGAUCUGUUCUUCUGUCUAUGAAAUAAAAAAAAAUUAUUUUUGUUUAGGAAAUCUGAAGGAGAGCCUUACUUAUGAAGAGAUGACGUGUCCAGACACUGACUGUGGCCAGGAAUGGGCUCAAGAGCAUGACCGACUAGGAACUUUUGUUGAAUUUCCACUUAACUGUCCAGUUUCAGCAUCAGCACUAGCACGAGCUGGCUUUGUUUAUACUGGAGAAGGUGACAAAGUGAAGUGCUUCAGUUGCCAUGUAACUAUUGAAGGAUGGACACCUGGGGAUUCUACAGUUGAGAAACACAAAAACCUUUCCCCAGAUUGCAAAUUUAUUACCAAAUCUAAUUUUCUGGAAAAUAACAUACCUUCUCUUGCCCAGAACUACCAGCAUAGAACUGAAAAUGGUUCCAGCAGUUCAGCCCUCCCAUGUACUCUGGACGACCCAUCUGAUGUGGAGGCAGAUUACCUUUUGAGGACCAGGCAGGUUGUGGAUAUGUCAGAUAAUUUGUAUCCUAAAAAUCCGUCUAUGUGCAGUGAAGAGACAAGAUUAACAUCUUUUCAUAACUGGCCCCUCAAUGGUCAGUUGACACCACAGGAAUUAGCUAAUGCUGGAUUCUAUUAUACAGGUAUUGGUGAUCAAGUGGCAUGCUUUUGUUGUGGUGGAAAAUUGAAAAACUGGGAACCCAGUGACAGAGCUUGGUCAGAACACAAGAAGCAUUUUUCCAAAUGCUUUUUUGUCCUGGGCCGGGAUGUUGGAAAUGUUCCAAGUGAAUCUGUUCCCACUGAGCUUGAGAGAAGUGGCCUGAACAAUGCACAGCCUCCAAGGAAUCCAUCUAUGGCAAAGUAUGGAAGACGUUUACAAACAUUUUUAACUUGGAUAUAUCCUGUUGACAAGGAGCAACUUGCUGAAGCUGGAUUCUAUAGCAUAGGUAAUGGUGAUCAUGUUGUGUGUUUCCACUGUGGUGGAGGAUUGCAAGAAUGGAAGGAGAAUGAAGACCCAUGGGAUCAACAUGCCAAAUGGUUUCCUGGGUGCAGAUUUGUGAGAAAGGAAAAGGGGCUAGAAUUUAUAAAUAAUGUUCACUUAAGAGAUGGAUGUAGGGAUUCAACAACAGAAGCUGCUGAGGGGACAAUACUUCCUAAAGUUGAUCUCUUACAGAAUCUUUUGGUACAAAGUGCCAUAGACAUGGGUUUCAGUUUAUCUGAGAUUAGGAACGUGAUGGAAAAGAAAUUACAGGUGUCUGGAGACAGUCACACAUCUGUUGAGGAUCUGGUAGUAGACUUAAGUGAUCAGAAAGAAAGUACAAGGGAAGAACCACCAACUGAAAUCCCAGUUGAGCAAGAUGAGCUUAUUCCGUUACAAAACCUCUAUCUCAGUACUGAAGAGAAGUUAAGGCGCUUGCAGGAAGAAAAGCUUUGUAAAAUCUGUAUGGUUAAAGACAUAUCAGUUGUCCUCAUUCCCUGUGGUCACCUAGUUGCCUGUAAGGAAUGUUCUGAAGCACUUAAUGAAUGCCCUCUAUGUCGUAAAAAUAUUAUGAGAAGACAGCAAAUUUUUAUGUAUUAGUGAAAUAUACAGCACUGUGGAUGCAAGUAUUUCCUGCUGUAUUGCUUUAAAUGUGCAAUGUAAUGUAAAAAAUGCAGUUAAUUCCCAGAUGUAAUCAUAUGGCAGUAUUUACAUUUUUCUGCUGUCAAACACUACAUAUAUUUUAAAAUUACUUUCCUUAAGUGAAUUUUUUCUAUGUAAAAAACAGUAUUGAAAGGCAAAUAUAUACAUUCAGUAACCUCAACUCAUAGACCUGAUUUGGGAAAGCCUAAGUAAUGCAAAGCUUUAUUUAUUUGAUCAUUCUUUUGCUUCACGUUGGUAGGACUCUAUAACUGAAGUAUAUGCAAAGAUAGUUGUAUAAAGAGUCUGGCCCGAUAUAAAAUUUGUAAAUAAUAAGUGUUUUCAAAAAAUUAUGACAUACAUGUAUAUUUUAUAUGAGCAUUUAGCUUCUCAAAAAUGUUAUGCAAGAUUGAAAAUGUUAUCUUCUGUGACUUUGGUUGUGACAUAAUUUAGAGAGUAUGCGUAAACCUGCUGAUGUAGUAUUUCACCUUAUGUUUGCUGCUGCUACUUCAUAAGUUUUUCUGUUUUGCUAUAUAAUUCCUGUCUCCCCAUUUAUUUUUUCUGGUUUAGAUGUAUAAAUUGGUUUCAGUAAACUGGUUUUAACCAUGGUUUUUUUUUUUCACAAAAAUCCCUCUUUAUAUAAAAUGUACAUUAAUUUCAUUCCUUAAAAGAGAACUCAACAGAAAUGAAAGAGAUUUCAAGUACUUUCUGCCCUUCGUGAAGGGAGCAGUCUCAUUUUAAACUUGCACCUCUAUACAAAAAAAAGUGUUGUUUGGGGCUUUUUUCUCUUGUGUUUUUUAACAUUGAGCAUUAUCCUAAUUCAUUCAUCUGCUAAUACUUUGCAGUGUUUCUGCUUGUCUUUUUUUAAUAAGAGAAGAUUAAACUGUAUCUCCAUGAAAAUGCUUUUUUUUUUUUUUUUUUUAAUUCACCAGUAAUGUUAGAAAUCUUUCAUUUUUGUUCUUGUCAGUUGGUGUUUUUAAGUUAAAAAGUUACAAACUCUUCUAGUGAGUCACCUUAAAAUGCUUAAUAAACUAUUUCUUACUGGACUGAUCCUUGGUCCUCCACUUAAAAAAGUGUCAUAGCUUUGUAUUUAAGUAUAGCUGGUUUACGAUCACUCUACUUAAUUAUGUGACUUCCUUAUUUUGUGGAGCUACUAAUAUAUUCUGUGUAUAUAUUUUUAUCUUUGAGUCCUAUACACUAAGAGAUUUAGAAUAUAGAAUGUACAGAAUAUAGUUUUUCACAUGAUAAAAGUUUUAAAUCCAUUACACAGAAAUUUAAUGUCUAAUUUUUAUACUACUCAAAAUACGCACUGUGAUUAUAUGCUGGUGUAAUAUUAUGAAUAUUUAAAAUAAAGUGUUCCUUGAUCAGCAUAUUUGAUUCUCACAUUAAAAAAUCCUAACAGAA